AAUUUGCAGGAAAAAUCUCUGUGGGGGGCGAAAUGGAUCUUUUGGGAUCUAUUUUGGCUGGCAUGGACCAACCUCCGUCCGUGAGCAACAAGGAUAAGGAGAUGCUGAAGAAGCAAAAGGAGCAGGAGGAGAAACUGAUGACUCAGAACAAGAAUGAGCUGAACAAAUUCCGCACAUAUGUGGAGCAGCGCGUGGAGAGAUUCAUGAAGGACAACCGCAAGCACAUCCAGUUCCCUCCGGCCGACAAGGUGUACCGGAGUGUCGUGCACGAUGUGGCCGACAUCGCCGGGCUGAUUGGCAUGAGCUUCGGCCAGGAGGGCGUGGAUCGAUACAUAGUCGUGUACAAGAAAGAGUACUCACCGACAGAGGAUGAGAUUGCGGCGCGCCGGAAUGGCGAGGAGUGGAACACGCAGGUGGAAGAAGAGUACAAGAAGCGCCGGGAGGACGAGGAGAAGGCAGAGGAGGAACGAGCCAAGCUUCCCGGCGAGGAUCCCACACCAAAGUCCAACUACAAGGAAAAGUACGUCCACUUGAUUGGCGAGAAGGCGGCUCUGGAGGCCGCCAAGAAGACAGAGACAAACAAGUCUUAUGGCUUCGUGCCCAGCGAGAACAAGAAGGAUCAACGCUCCAUCGAGCAAACUUUGUCGGACAUCCAGGCAAAGAAAAGACUGAAGACCAGCCACCAGCCGUCCGGGGAGGCGGACAAGUAGAGCCAUAGCGGGAGAGAUGGCGAGGAGUCUUACUAAUUAAUGAUUUAUUUAAAAUAAUGAAAGUAAUGCGUGUGAAAAUCCAAAUAUUUUCUCGAUUAACUAUAUAAUUCCGUCGUCGUCCCAGGAGUGAAGUUGUCCUCGCUGCGGAGAAGUGUGGCCAGGGCGCGACUUUCUUGUACAACUGGCUUUGUAGGUAAAAGAAGAAAAAGAGGUUUCCAAAAAUCCAGGGUGAGGGAGAAGCAUUGCGGGCUGAGCGGGGUGUCGUCCCGGAUUAUAUACAUCUUCGAGGGAUGGCCAGCGUCC